AGUCGGCCACACCUACUCUGUCUGAUAGUAGCGGAGAAGGAGAGACUAGACCGCACCAUGCUGCCCUGCUCGAACUUAAAUUACACACGCAGAAAAUUAGUCUCCAACAGGCGUUUGUAGCUCGUUCUCUCUUUGUAUGGACUUUGAAUCGGAUAUCGGAUAUCUCUGACUUGUCGUGACAUUUUCCCAUACGUCUUGAUUUGUUUUUCUUGCAUAAGGACAGUUGAAGAUUCUACAGGCAAACAUGUUGCAAAGCUUCGCUCAGUCACAGGACUGGCUGUACUCUGAGCCACUGCUCUUUGAUGAUGAAUUCUGUCAGAGUUUGAUGAAGGACCUCCAGUCGUUGCCAACUCCUCCUCAGUCUCCUCCAAUGAAGGCAGGGUUGGGCAGUAGCAAACCGCUGUCCAAGGAAGACCAGCUCAGUUAUGUUUCAGACAUCCUGCUAGAGGACCAUGAUAUGCAGCUCAACUGGAACUGCGACUUCUUCCACUCAGAUGGACCUGAGAAAGAGGGCGAUGGAGGGCAGCCCUGCUCCCCUCUGGAGGAGAGUGGUGAGGACUGCCUGUGGAGGGUGUUGGCUGACAAGACCCUGGAGGAGAGACUGGUCUCGUCCAUGCUCAGCUCCAGCCCGCUGUUGUCUGACAUCGACACCAGCAUCUUUGAGGAGAUCGCUGGAUCCACACUGGAUUGUCAGAACCUGAUGGACACACAGGAGCCCAGUGAGGCCACAUCAGACUAUGGUUCAACUGGAGGUGAACUGUCCACCUACUCAUCCAGUGACUCUGAAGAGGAGAUUGAUGUGGUAACAGUGGUGCGUUGCCCCUCCAGCCCCUCCACCCUGCUCUCACUGUCUGACCUGUCAGCCCGUCAGAAGAAGCAGCAGCAGGAGGAGGAAGAGGAGCAGCAGCGUACUCUUCAGCGGCAUCACUUUGAGAUCCAGCUGCAGCACAACUACGCCGCGCCGUGCCCUGCCUCACCCCCACCUUCGUCUGCUUCAUCCACCUCCUCAUCCUCAUCUAACAAACGGUCGAGGGGCAGCGAUGGCUACUCGCGCUUCCAUCACUCGUCUCGUGGCUUGUCAUCAUCGUCCUCACGAUAUAGCCAGCACUCAUCCCGGAACUUGACAGAGACCGAGGAUGAGGAGGAACGACGGCGGACGCACAACGUAAUGGAGCGGCAACGACGCAAUGAGCUGAAGAACUGCUUCAUGCGCCUGCGAGACAAUGUGCCCGAGCUGUCACAUAAUGACAAGGCCUCAAAAGUCGUGAUCUUGAAGAAGGCUAGGGACUGCAUCUACAGCCUGGAGGAGGAUGGCCACAGACUGCAAGCCAAGAGGGACAAACUCAGAGUGAGACAGGAGGAGCUAAAAGCCCGACUUGCUCAGCUCCGCAGCUAAUAGGUAGAUGAGGACGCUGAAGCUUCAGGUGGGGGGGGGGGGUGCAAGGGAGGACACUUUGUACAAAGACAGAGGGAUGGGCAGGGUUUAAAGAUGGUGUGUCAUGCUGAAAACAGCGCACAAAGUAGAUAUUUCAAAUACUAUUUGGUAACUGCAGGUUAACUGUCACAAAGCUGCAUCUGUUGCCAUGGACAUACACACACACACACACACACACACUCAUUGCCUCAGUCGAUCAUUCUCAUGCCUUGACUGCUGACUGUUGUAGAGUGUGGGAAGCUGGUUUUUAAGGGACAGAAUAAGGAGAUAGCUUUUUGUUUUUCUUUUGGCUGAAUGCACACAUGAUGAUGUGUUCUUGUUUGUUUUAGAGUUAAGGAUGCAAGUAACUGGAAACCGGCAGCUCAGUAGUCACAUGAAACUUGAAUAAUGUGGAUUCAGGAUGUCUUUGAGCCAUACUAACCAACCAGUGAUCCCUCUGCUCUGAAGUGAUUUGAUCACCCUUGACUCAGAACUGGCCCAGUCCUCAUGUACUUUAGUUCCAGUUCUGAUAGUUUUAUAUAAUCAGGAUGAGGUCGUUCAGUGUGCAUUCUGGCCUUAGGCACACCCUUAGGCCCAACACCACUCUGUUAUCAGCCAACAUGUGUUAAUAACGAUACAGUAGCGACCAAGUUUAAUAUUGUAGCGUUAAAAAGGCUCAGGUCACCACCAGCUCACUUGCCUCAUAGUAUGUAUGGGUGUCUGAAACACUUUUAUCUUUGAUAAUAAAUGUCAAAUGCCAAAUGGAGCCAUAUUAAACAGCAUUCAGGGUUGGAGGAAACUGAACUGGAAGGUGAACUGGGCCACCAGCCGAGCUGCCGUAGCAAAUUAGCCAAAGUCUUUCUGUGCUCACACAAUGGCAUUGAGGCUAUAAAAAACCUCUGGAUAUUAUUAAAACCUCUCUGUCUGAACAUGUUAAGGUUAAAGGUUCUGAUUGGAGGAGACUGCUACCAGCAGCAGUACUGUGACCUUUAGUUCUGUCACUCAGUGAUGACUGCUGUGCUUUGUGUAAAACUGUAUCAUCAGACCAUUACUCCUGUGGACAUACUCGUUCAUCAGUGGCCCUCAAAAAGUCAAGACCGAGACGGAAAUGAAAACAAUAUUGUUCUUGGUGUCUGUGAAACAUUAACUAAUGGAAAUUGAGAACAUUGUUUAGUUUUCUGAGAUGGAAAAGAAGAUAAAUUUGCUAUGGACACAACUUUUUGCAGGAUAAAUCUAAAUUAAAUUAUGUAUUAACAUAAAUUAGAGCCACUGACUCUAACAUUCCCCUGUUUUUUUUUUUUUUUCCCAAGCUGAACAGCCUUCAUUUGUGCUUAUUUGGGGCAAGCUAUAAUUCCUCAUAAGGGGCAUUCAAUGGCUUCAAAAAAAGUUCUGUAGGACAGUAAAAACUGGCUGCAUGUCUUAAGGAGUAACCUGUUUCAUGUCAGUCAGGGUAUUCUUGGACCUUGCAGGUGACUUUGGGCUGGAUCUGAAGUUUGAAAUAUCACUGGGGUUUGAUGAUAAAUUGAAAUGCCAUUUUUAUUCUAAAUGUUGUUAUCCAAUACUGUUCACCAUUAAUGUGCUGUUUAUAUUGAAAGGCACAAGUGGCAAAUGUUGUUUGUGUCUGAUGUCUUAAGUGCAACCUGUUUUGUAUAAGAUAAGUUCUUCCUCCUCCAGGCUGAUGUACUUGAACAGACCCUGGUUUGUAGGAAUUGAGUUUUUUUGUUUGUUUUUUUUUUUACUGUAAAAAAAAAAAAAAAAAAAAACCUGCUCUGCCUUGAAAUGAAUUCUGUUCAGGACUCCUUUCCUUAACUGUUCGACCGCCGUCUGGUUAAAACCUCAUAUUACUCUACUUUUUUCAGGGAAGCACCAGCCAUGUGUAUUUCUUUUCUCUCCAGCUUCUCACUUUUUUAAAUUUUCCUCUCAUAAAACAAAUUACAGCCUUUUACAGUAAAGACUUGUGGUUUGAACCAGGCGGCAGGAAUGACAUGUCAUUUGUUUCUUCACAUGAUGAAACCUACCUCCACCUGGCUGCAGUCUGGCCUAUAAUGUUUGUUUCUUUUGGGGUUUGAUAUUGUACAGUUUUUUAUGUAAAUAUUUUUGUUAUUGUAUCAUAAAUUAUUUUAGUCAUUUUUUUCUUUGUUUAUUUGAGUUUAAGGAUUAUGAAUUUUGCCAAGCAGCACUUUUUUAAAAAUGCAAUUAAAAAAAUUAUUGCGA